AUGAUGAAGCGUUCUGUGAUUACGAAGCUGCUAACAUCCACGAGGUUUAAGAGGAUCUGCCACGGGCUGGUGUCGGAUCAUCAGUAUAUGUUGACCGCUAGGCCCCAACAAGCUGUUCCGCCAGAUGCUACCAACGACCAAGCAUGUCGUCUGAAUCGUCUCUCAGCCAUAAUUGAGAUCUACUCCAUUCCAGAGGCUCGCAGCCUAAACUUUCUUUAG